ACCAAGCCUUGAAAUGUCAUUACGGACAUGUGACGUGUCAUCAGCGUAGUGAAGUGCAUUCCACUUAAAUACAACAAACAGGUUUAGGCAAGUCACAAGUUGGCUUGCAGACAACUGACUACACCUGAAGUGGCCGGUAACACAGUGAACAUGGCAUCGAAGUCAACCAGCUCCUGCCUCAACAAGGCUGUGCGCCAACAGUACAUGAGCCUGCCUCAGGGGGAGAAGUGCCAGGUCACCUACAUCUGGAUCGAUGGCACCGGAGAGGGACUUCGCAACAAGACCCGAACCCUGGACAGUGAGCCAAAAAGCAUAGAAGAUAUUCCUGAGUGGAACUUUGAUGGCUCAAGCACAUACCAGGCAGAAGGCUCCAACAGUGACAUGUUCCUCAUCCCAGUCCGCAUGUUUCGAGAUCCAUUCACCUGCGACCCCAACAAACUGGUCCUCUGUGAGGUCCUCAAAUACAACCGCUUACCUGCAGAAACUAACAAUAGAACGAGCUGCAACAAAGUGAUGGAGAAGAUUAAGGAGCACUGCAUUUGGUUCGGCAUGGAGCAGGAGUACACACUCUUUGGAACAGAUGGACAUCCUUUUAGUUGGCCCACAAAUGGAUACCCAGCACCACAAGGACCUUACUACUGUGGAGUGGGAGCACAAAAUGCUUAUGGACGGGACAUUGUUGAGUGCCACUACAAGGCCUGUCUCUAUGCAGGGGUCAAAAUCUAUGGCACCAACGCUGAAGUUAUGCCAUCUCAGUGGGAGUUCCAGGUGGGUCCUUGUGAGGGCAUCGAGAUGGGCGACCAUCUGUGGGUUGCUCGCUUCCUGCUGCAUCGUGUGUGUGAAGAUUUUGGGGUUAUUGCAACACUGGACCCCAAACCAAUGAAAGGCGACUGGAACGGUGCUGGUUGCCACACCAACGUCAGCACCAAACAGAUGAGGGAAGAAGGAGGACUGGAACACAUCGAGGAGGCCAUUGCGAAGCUGAGCAGAAACCACAUCGAGCACAUCAGAUUGUAUGACCCACACAGAGGGGAAGACAACAAGAGGCGUCUCACAGGUCUCCAUGAAACCUCCAGCAUCGAUGACUUCUCUGCCGGAGUGGCCAACAGAGCCUCCAGCAUCCGCAUCCCUCGCCAGGUGGGUGAGGAGAAGAAAGGUUACUUCGAGGACCGCCGCCCUGCAGCCAACUGUGACCCAUAUGCUGUGACCAUGGUCAUCGCAAGAACCUGCCUGCUUGAUGUAGAAAAUGAAGAGGAGAGAAAAUAGGACAAAAGGGUUUGCUAUGUAGCAAUAUGUAGAAAUAAACAUGUGGGUCUGAGUUACCUGAGUAGAAUACUUGAACAAAUGUGUUGAUGUGCAAAAAAAUGCAGAUAUUUUAAUCUUCGUUAUUUCUCUAUAUUUCUCUAUAUUUCUCUAUACAGCUAAUUUGUCUAUCUGCAAAUUAUGAAGCAUUAAAAUAGGAAUUGCGUGUUUGGGUUAAGUGAAAUAAAGAUACAUAAGUGCU